GAUUGAGACACAUCGCUUUCGAAAGCAUCGGCAUACAUAAGUUUCCUUAGGCUUAGAAAAGAUACCGUAGUCUUUCGCGCACCGAUAUAAAUUCAAGCCAUGGGUGAAAAACUAGGCUUGUUCAGAGCGUGGUAUUUAGUUGCCCUUUGCUGUAUUGGCAGCUUCUUAUUCGCUUACGAUACUGGCGUGGUCGGUGGCGUCCUUACACUGCCAUCAUUCCAGAAUGACUUUCGCAUUACCACGGCAAAUCAAGCUAGUGUAAGCUCUAAUGCGACGAGUCUUCUACAGGCCGGGGCCUUCUUCUCAUGCUUCUUCGUCUGGCCUUUCACUGCCCGAUUCGGACGUCGUUGGUCUAUCGCAGUAGCUUCGCUCAUCUUCAACAUUGGAGCCAUCAUCCAGGUCAUCAAUACACACUCGCUGGCGGCUUUCUACGUCGCUCGCGUUAUAUCCGGGGUGGGAGUAGGAAUGGCCACAGUCAUCAUUCCAAUGUAUAGCGCGGAGAUGGCGCCAAAGCAGAUUAGGGGUCAGCUGGGAAGCAUGUUUCAGUUCUUCUUUACGCUGGGAGUUAUGACCUCUUACUGGGUCGACUAUGGUGUAUCACAACAUCUAGGCUCAAAGACGCAGCAGUGGCAGAUUCCUAUUGGUCUCCAGCUCGUCCCUGGCGGCAUACUGGGAUUGGGAAUGUUACUUACGAAAGAAAGCACCCGGUGGCUUGCAAGAUCAGGCAGGAGGGAAGAGGCAAUGCAGUCGCUCGUCUGGGUCCGCGGCGGAGAUAGUGACAAAGUAAAAGAAGAGUUUGCAGAAAUCGUAGCGGGCAUCGAGGAAGAAGAACGCGUUACCGAGGGCCUUACAUUGAAAGAAUACCUCCUCCCGGCGAAUCGCUUCCGCUUCGUCAUCGUCAUCACCCUGCAGAUAGGCGUACAACUGACUGGCAACACCAGCUUGGCGUACUAUGCUCCCCAGAUAUUCAAAGCGGUUGGUGCUGGCGACCAGAGCCUCCUGAUCAGCGGGUUUUUCGGUGUUGUCAAAGUCGUCUCGUGUCUAUUCUUCCUGCUAUUCCUCGUCGAAAAGAUCGGUCGCCGUGGUUCACUUAUCGGAGGAGCGUUCCUUAUGGGUGCUUACAUGCUCAUCAUAGCUUGUUUAACAGCCACUCAUCCUCCGGUUGCCUCUCAAACCCUAACUAGUACCGGCGCUGCGGCAGUAGCCAUGGUCUACCUCGAAGCAAUGAGCUAUAACAUAUCAUGGGGACCAGUACCUUGGCUGUACAUGAGUGAAAUAUUUCCCUCCAGGAUACGCGAAGCGGGCGUCGCAGUCGGGACGGCCACUCAAUGGCUAUUCAAUUUUGUAUUCUCCCAGGUUACUCCGCAUGCGAUAAACAAUAUUGGCUGGAGAACCUUUUUGAUGUUCUGCAUAUUUAACUGGGCUCUGGUUGUAUAUGCGUGGCUUGUUAUUAAGGAGACCAAGGGAAAAUCUCUAGAAGAAAUGGAAGCUGUUUUCGGCUCAAGUGAUACCUCUAUCGACGCGGAGAAAACCCACGAGCAUGUACGAGACGGCACGGUUUAGGUAAUGAGCGAUAGCAGUACCUUGCUUGGGGAAACAUGUUGGUACAAGAGGAUUUAGCGUGAGGUACUAGAGUAAAUGCGAUUAUCUAGAUAUAGCCCUACACGCCGCACACUCCUAGGAGAGGGUGAGAAGGGGUCAAUUCCCCUUGUUCCGACGUCGAAUACCAACCAACCUCCAGGUGAUAGGUGCCCAUUCAUCACACCUCAAUUAUGCUUACAAGACGAGGUUAUGAGACGACAUCCCGACCAUUUUCAACUAUGCUGCACACGGGUCGGCAUCAUGUGUACGAAUUGUUCAUCAAUCGAUGUUCAUCUUCGCCAACGAGGUGAUACCGAACUAUGGUUCAUGUUUUUAUCGGUUACCGCUUACUACUUCACCCACUACCUAAACAGCCACCAAGAGCCUUAGAUGAUACUUGCUAUAAUAUCACACGCUAGUUUCAUAAGUUCCGUAGGGCGGGUUCCCAAUUAAUUGAUGUCCAACUCACUUGAAGGAACACAAGGUAUGCGGGCAUGCGAUUAGCGUGUCUGGUUAAUGGUAUUUAACGUUGUCGUAAAGACAUUUGCUAUGAUAACGGGCUCUCUAAGUCAAAUAUAUGCCUCAGUAUCAUAAAGCCCCCAAAUGUUCCUAGCAUCUUCACUAUCAUUGAACGGUAGCAACAUCACACCAAGCUUCAA